AUGAAGAAGGCGAUGAAGACUGCGGGCUUGGUGGCCGAGAAGCUGACGUACCCGGCUGUGCGCCGCGGCGACCUGGUGGAGACGCUGCACGGCGUGCAGGUGGCGGACCCGUACCGCUGGCUGGAGGACCCGGACUCGCCCGAGACGCGCGAGUUCGUGACCAAGCAGAACGACGUGACGCAGCGCGUGUUCAGCCAGGUGCCGUUCGUGGGCGAGACCAAGGCGCGUAUGACGGAGCUCUUCAACUACGAGAAAUUCUCGGCACCGCGCAAGUACGGGGGCAAGUACGUCUACUCCAAGAACGACGGGCUGCAGAACCAGAGCGUGCUCUACAUCCAGGGCGAGCUGCACAGCGAGCCGCGCGUGCUGUUGGACCCCAACCUCCUGGCGGCGGACGGCACGGCUGCUCUCUCCAGUCGCGCCUUCUCGGAGGCCAAGCUUGGCGACGGCAAGCUGUUCUUCGCCCAUGGCAUCUCGCGCGGGGGCUCGGACUGGCAGACCAUCAAGGUCAUGGCCGUGCACGACGGCAACAAGAUCCUGGACGACACGGUGGAGUGGGUCAAGUUCUCCAGCAUCUCCUGGACCCAUGACGACAAGGGUUUCUUCUACUCGAGGUACCCGCCUCCGGAGAAGAUGAAGGACGACAAGCACGACGACGAAGAAGGCCCCAAGCGAGGCACCGAGACGGACUCCAACAUGAACCACCAGCUCUGGUACCACACGCUGCACACGCCGCAGUCGCAGGACAAGCUGGUGUAUGCGUACCCGAGCGAGCCCACGUUCAACGUGGGCGCCGAGGUCUCCGAUGAUGGCAAGAAGCUGCUGCUGUACGUGCAGGAUGGAUGCAAGAACGCCAACAUGAUCCACGUCGCUGACUUGAGCGACUUUGACAACUUCCUAAAGGGACCGAGUGACUCAACCAUCCCAGUUAUCAAGCUUGUGGACAACAUGGACUCGGCGUACUCGUACAUUCUGAAUGACGGAGACUACUACUACUUCAAGACCAAUGCGAACGCCCCGCGCGAGCGUGUGGUGCGCACCAAGCUGGGCGACGGCAGCGCUACGCCUGUGUGGGAAGAAGUGAUCCCAGAGCAGCCGGACUCUAUCGUGAUCGAAGGCGUCCACCCCGUGGCGCCGAACCUUUUGGUCGUGCAGCUCGUGAAGGACGUCCAUAACGAGCUCCACGUGUACAACCUGGACGGCGUGUUCCAGUACGAGAUCCCGUUGCCUAGUGUGGGCACUGUCGGAGUGGCCAGCAAACGCACGGAGUCGGAGCUGUUCUACCACUUCAUUUCCUUCCUCUACCCGGGAUCCAUCUUCCGCGUUGACCUGGCCAAGUCAACCCCGGGCUCGGCUCCUCCUGCCGAGCUCUUCCGGGAGACCAAGGUGAACGGAUUUGAUCCAAGCCAGUUUGAGGCGGAACAAGUCUUCUACCCGUCCAAGGACGGCACGAAGAUCCCGAUGUUCCUCGUGAAGCGCAAGGACGCACCCAAGAAUGGCGACUUGCCUGUGUACCUGUACGGCUACGGUGGCUUCAACAUUUCGCUCACGCCGGCUUUCAGUGUGUCGCGACUCGUGUUCGUCCAGCACUUUAACGGCAUGCUGGCGUUGCCCAAUCUGCGCGGCGGUGGUGAGUACGGCGAGCAGUGGCACCAGGACGGAAUGCUGCACAAGAAGCAGAACGUGUUCGAUGACUUCCACGGCGCUGCUGAGUACCUUAUCAAGGAGGGCUACACGAACCCGGAGAAGAUUGCCAUCCACGGUGGAUCCAACGGAGGUCUGCUCGUGGCGGCCACCAGUAAUCAGCGCCCCGAUCUCUACCGUUGCGCCGUGGGGGCUGUGGGCGUCAUGGAUAUGCUGCGCUUCCACAAGUUCACCAUUGGACACGCGUGGCGCACGGACUAUGGUGACCCGGACGUGGCUGACGACUUCAACUACAUUCGCCGCUACUCGCCAGUGCACAACGUGCCACAUGCUGGCAGUUCUAUCAUGCAAACGCUCGCGGAGCGUGGUGGGUUCCCGUCGGUUCUGCUGACUACGGGCGAUCACGACGACCGAGUUGUGCCCCUGCACUCGUACAAGCUCAUUGCGGAACUGCAACACCAGCUCGGCAACUCGGAGGCGCAGACCAACCCUCUACUUAUCCGAAUUGAUACGAAGUCUGGCCAUGGAGCUGGCAAACCCACCACCAAGAUCAUCGAGGAGACGUCCGAGGUGUUUGCCUUCAUCGCGUGGAACCUGGGCGCUCAGUUUGUUGCAUAAAGGAUAGUGAUCGCGUGCCUGGUAACAACGAUAAACGUGAUGACAAGCCUGCAGUCGCGAUGUCC